AUGGCACCUGAUAAGAAAUGGAUGGAACAUAUCCAUGACCGACUUGCUAAUGCUUACGAGCUUGGGGUGGACAAUUUUUUGGAUUUUGCUUUUACAAGAUUAAGUGAAGCGCGUGUAAUACGUUGUCCAUGUAUCAAAUGUUGUAAUACAUCUUCGGGAACACGUGAGAUGGUUAAGCCACAUUUAAUAUUUCAAAAUUAUACUUUUUGGUAUCAUCACGGGGAAAAGUUAGGUGAGCCACAAUCAAACUCAGAAGAUGUAGAAGAUGAUGAAACUGAAGAAGCUGAUGGUGAGGAUGAAAUACAUACGAUUCUAAGAGAUUUAUACCCUAAUUUUGAUGCAGACAAUACGAACACUGAUGGUGAUAAUUUUCUUGAGGAGGAACCAAAUCUUGAAGCAAAAAAAUUCUAUAGGCUUUUAAAGGAUAUUGAGCAACCAUUGUACCAAAAUUUAAAAGUUUCUAAACUUUCUACUAUGGUUAAAUUGCUUCAUAUCAAAAGUAUUGGGCGUUGGAGUAAUGAGUCAUUUACAAUGUUGUUGAAGAUGUUUAAGGAAGAUCUAUUGCCUGCUGAAUCAAACUUGCCAGAUUCAUAUUAUGAGGCAAAGAAGAUAAUUCGGGAUCUUGGACUUUCUUAUAAGAAUAUUGAUGCGUGUAAGAAAAAUUGCAUAUUAUAUUGGAAGGAUGACAAGUUUCAUGAAUCUUGCAAUGUUUGUGGAGCAUCUAAAUGGAAAGAGGAUAAACAUAGUGGAGAAACUAAAUUUAUGACUGGAAAAAAGAUAGCGCACAAGAUUUUACGUUAUUUUCCCUUAAAGCCAAGACUCCAAAGAUUGUUUAUGUCCUCAAAGAUAUCAUCUUUAAUGACAUGGCAUCAUGCAAAAAGAGUUGACGAUGGAGUGAUGAGGCACCCAGCUGACUCAAUGGAAUGGAAAAAGUUUGAUGAACUUCACCAGUCUUUCGUCGCUGAACCUCGUAAUGUUCAACUUGGACAUGCUAGUGAUGGUUUUCAACCAUUUGGAAGUUCUAGAACCCCUUACAGCAUUUGGCAUAUUGUACUUAUUCCUUAUAAUUUACCGCCUUGGCUAUGUAUGAAGCAAGAGAAUUUUAUUUUGUCGAUGCUUAUUCCUGGUCCUGAAUGUCCGGGAGAUGCAAUUGAUGUUAUCUUCAGCCUUUGA